AUGGAUUAUGGAUUGGCAAAGAAUAUACAACUCAACAGCUUGCUGAAAGUCCUAUAUAUCCUCCCAGCUGUGGUUUAUGGUCAGCUUCUCCCUUUGGAAGAUGCAGACUAUGAUGAACAAGUGAUCAAAGGGGUGCAUAACCGCUCGGUGAGGUUGCCAUGUGGUGACAUAGUUCAACCCCUGGUUGUCUUCUGGAGUUUCACCAAACCCAGCUCCCUCAUCCCCAGAGCUGUGGCCAUCAGCAAUGGCCUUGAGUCGAAGGUGGAGAAGGCCUCUGCCAUUCUGGGGGAGAUCAGUUUGAGGAACAGCACCUUAGAGAUUAAGAAACUGCGACAAGCAGCUGAGGGACAUUUCAUGUGCCAAGCCAUGUACGAAGUGGAUGGAGAGAUCAAAGUGGCUUAUUCCUACAUUGAGCUUCUCGUCUUGGUCCCAGUUCCCAAGCCCUUUCUGCAGAUUAACAAUUCAACACCCGUGGAAGGCAUGUCGGUUGUGAUGAUCUGCACCGUGAAAGAAGGGACACCUCCUAUCACUUAUUCUUGGCAACGCUACACGAACCGAGAUGGCCUGGUAGUUCUGGCUGAAGCAGGGAUGCAUCUCUUAAACCUGGCCUCAGCAAACCGGACACACAUGGGCUGGUACACCUGCGCAGCCCACAAUGAGGUCAACAGCCAAACCAGUGAUGGGAUGUACCUUGACGUUAUCUACGGUCCAGAUGAACCAGUGAUCAGCAUAGAGCCAUUUGCAAUUAACCAACAUGGCUUCUCAGCCAAUGAACAAGAAGAGGUGAUUAUGACCUGCCUAGCUUCUUCCAAUCCUCCCAGUCACUACAUUUGGUUCUACAACAGCUCUCAAGUCUAUUCUGGACAGAAGUACGUGAUUGCCAGAAUCUCCCGGACUCAAACAGGCAUCUAUACUUGCCUAGCUCAGAAUAUGCACCUGAAUACUCGGACUCAGGCCACUAUUAUCUUGACUGUCUAUUGUGGAGAACCUCCGGUGACCCUCUGGUGGAGAGACUGGAGGCAUCAUGUGCUGGGAAGCAUGAAAUCAUCACACCAGGUUUUCAUCAUGAAGCCCAAUGCCACCCUUGGAGGCAAGACGUUCACCUGCAUGGCUGCUCACCCUCUGUGGGCAAGAACCUCUGAGUGCCACAUCCAGCUGGAACCCCCCAGGAUUACGGUGCAACAGUCCCAGGUGUCGUUGUUUGAAGGCAGCGAGGUCCAAUUGGCCUGCUUCCUCCAAGGUGCCUAUUUGGGCUCUGAAGUCUUCUGGUACAAUAAUAAGAACCAGCCCAUUACAGCAAGCACUAGGAAAUACCACCUGCAGCAGGAGAAUACGUGGUUUAAUUUGACUCUCCAGGACACCGAAUGGAUACGGGACAGUGGCACCUACCGUUGUGCUGCCAUCAACGCUGUGGGCAACGCCUCUGCCACCAUCAGCCUCCAGGUAAAAAAAUAUCCCAAGCCACCCAAUGUGACAAUCAGCAGACUGAUGUACACUCGCCCACGUACAGAGGUGGAACUGGAAUGGGAAACUCGAGGCUCGGGAAACCUGACUGGCUUUGUAGUCCAGAGAAGAGAAGCCAAAAAGACCGGUCCAAAGCAGAUGGCCAGCAGCUGGGAAACGGUGGCCAACAACAUUGACCCUGAUGUCCGUGGCCGAAAACUGGGUGGCCUGGAUCCUGCAGUGGCCUAUGCUUUCCGGAUCCUUGCAGUCAACCAUCGCACUACCGGGCAUCCUUCUGAAGUGAAGACCCCAGCUGAUCCUCCUUUCAAUGCAUAUCCUGUGGUGAUCGCGGCUGCUCUGUCAGGAAUGGUGGUGGCAACCGUCAUCUCUCUCCUAGUUUUUCAAUACAUUGUUCGGAACCGGGAGAAUAAUCCAAGGUUACAUGACCUGCUCUUCAGAAUGGCUGGAGCUGAAAGUCGAGAGCAAAUUGGGACUCCGGAAGAUGCUGAGAUGCCAACAGGAAUUAGCGAUGAAGCCAAUGAGCAAGUUGAAGAAGCGAGUGAGCAGGUUGGAGAGACUUCCACAACAACUGGGGAAACACCAGCAGAGGCAAUUCAGACGGAAGCUGUGGUGACCUCGGAGGAUCCACCAGGGGCCCAGGAAGAAGUGCCAGCCCCCAGUCCUCCUCCUGAGGAUCCAGUUAACGUUACAAUCACCGUGACAGCCACCCCAUGA